AUGUAUGGGAAGUGCAACGAACUUGACGCGGGCAGCCGAGUUUUCUCGAAAGUGAGAGCUCACGAUGUGGUCUCCUGGACGGCUUUGAUCGUGGCCUACACUCAGCACGGGAGGAACCGAGAUGGAGGGAGAAGGCAUGGAGCCGGACAAGAGCUGCAAGGACACAAAGGCGGUCGUGGUGUGGAAUGCGAUGAUCACGGCCUACGAGCAGGAGGAUACAGCAGGGCCGCUGUCGAUCUUUACGACAUGAUGAAGCAGCGAGGCUUGGAUGCGGAUGAGUCGACACUCUCGAGCAUUCUAAGCGCCUGUGCGGAGCUUAAAGAUUGUCAGAAGCUUCACGUAGCCUCCAAGGACUGCUCUCAAUCUCCGGUGGUUCUCAACGCGCUUAUUAAAAUGUAUGCGAGCUGUGGAGAGAUUCGCGAAGCCAAGGCGGUGUUCAAGCGGAUGAAGUCGUGCUUACGUCCAAGGUGGUGA